AUUAGUUUUCUUGUCGCGCCAACCGGCCUCUCUAGCGAUCGACUCCAACUUUGCUACCGCCGGAACCCGUCUCGCUGAAAGCCCUAACUAAUUUUCCUGUUUUUGCCAUUUUCAUUUUCCAAUGAACUUUGAAAUUCCAUCCUGAAGCAGUUAUUCUACCCGAAAAUUAGGGCUAGAACACUUCUCUUAGUCCAAUCACACAUAGAAGCCAAUCUGGUAUUUUCUACCGAUGGCAAUCAUCGGCGAUGCUCUUCGUCAAGCGUUCAUGGCGAAGCACGAGUAUGAGAAUCUCCGGGAGGAGGAAAAGGCAUGGGGCCGUCUGCAGCGACCGUUAGUGUCAGCCCUAGCGGUUGCCAUAGGCGUCGCCGUCGUCGUAGCUGCUGCCGUCAGCUUGAGUAUCGUCUUUCCUGGUGACCUUGGCCGCCGGCCGUUUUGUCGCGACCGUAGGAUCCAGGCACUGCGGAUGAGCGAGGAGGAAGUCUCUGAUCUUUAUCCUUCCCACGGCGCCUUCUUUCUCACAGAUGAGGAGGCAGCCGAGUUCUAUUGGAUGGUAGUCUUCAUUCCCUCAGGACUCGUUUUCUUGGCCUCCGUCAUCUACCUGCUGGCCGGAAUGGCUGUUGCUUAUUCUGCCCCUACUAGACACAUUUGCCUCAAGGUUGUGGAAAACAAUUAUUGUGCUUCAAAAAGAGGUGGUAUCCGCUGCUUAUUUAUUCUCAAUGUUGUCUUUGCUGUAAUAUUCGGUCUUCUUUCCCUAUUUCUUGGCUCAAGUCUUCUCACUCUGGGAAGUAGCUGCUCCAUCCCACUCUUCUGGUGCUAUGAGAUUACUGCCUGGGGACUGGUAACAUUGUAUGGUGGCACUGCUUUCUUUCUUAAGAGAAAAGCUGCCACCGUCCUCGAUGAGGGCGGCAACUAUGGCGGUCGGAAUCUCGGUCUGGAAAUGCUGGAAUCAUCGAUAGAAGUUACCCCCGAAGUCCAGAGGCGAGUCAACGAAGGUUUUAGGACAUGGAUGGGCUCUUCCCUGCUCUCAUCUGAUGAUGAAGAUGAUGAGACUGAUUACAGUAAUCUGGAGACCGCUCAGCCCAUUGUCAUGAAUUCUAGCAGACAAAGAGGCUGAUAGGCCUUCUAUUAAACCUGUACAUCACCAACUCUUCUACUUACCAUUCUUUAGUGCUCAUCUAGAUGCAAAGUGUGAUUCCAGUGAUUCUAACCAAGGAAAAAAAAAAGGAAAAAAGAAAAAAAGAGAUCAUGAGCUGAAUCUUCCACUACCACUUGCCAGUGUAAAAAAGAAACAAGAUGCUGUUUUAUAAUUGAGAAAAAUGAGUUUUUGAUUUUU